AAGGGAGAUCAACUGUCGCAGGCUGCACUCUCCACUUACCCUGACACACUCUACCAAGAUCCCAGAGAACUGAUAAGAGAACACUUCCCGCAGAGAUGGCAAAGGUUUUCAAGAAGACCAGUGGAAAUGGAGGGCUGACCCUCUAUCUUGGGAAGAGAGACUAUGUGGACAACGUGACCGCUGUGGACAAAGUUGAUGGUGUUGUGAAGCUGGACCCAGCAGAUUUUGGAGACAGAAAAGUGUUUGUGCAGCUGGCAUGUGCCUUCCGGUAUGGUAAUGAAGACCUGGAUUUUAUGGGCCUGCAGUUCAGGAAGGACAUCUGGAUCCAGCAUUACCAGAUCUACCCUGCAGACCACAAGCCUGCCCCGUCUGCCAUGCAUGAAACCCUGCUGAAGAAGGCCGGAGACAACGCACAUCCUUUCACUUUUGAAAUUCCCCCAAACCUGCCAUGCUCAGUCUCUCUGCAGCCUGGACCAGAUGACAAGGGAAAGGCUUGUGGUGUCGACUUUGAGGUCAAAACCUACCUUGCCAAGGAAAAGAGCAACCCUGAUGAGAAGAUUGAAAAGAAGGACACUGCUCGCCUUGUCAUUCGUAAAAUCCAGUACGCUCCUUCUCAGGCGGGCGCCGGGCCCAAGGCUGAAAUCUGCAAAAGCUUCAUGAUGUCUGACAAGCCUGUUCAUCUAGAAGCUUCCCUGGAGAAAGAUCUCUACCUCCACGGCGAAUCAAUCCCAAUCAAAAUCAAAAUCAACAAUGAGAGCAACAAAACAGUCAAGAAUUUCAAAAUCACUGUGGACCAAACCACAGACAUCGUCCUCUACUCAGCAGAUAAAUACACCAAGGCUGUUCUCAUCCAAGAGUUUGGAGAGACAGUGGAGGCCGGUUCCACCUAUGACAACACUGUGACCAUCACACCCCUACUGGCUGAAAACAAGGAGAAAAGGGGGCUGGCACUGGAUGGACGACUGAAGGAUGAGGACACUAACUUGGCCUCCACCACUGUGCUGCGACAGGGUGUUGAAAAAGAAGUGCUGGGAAUUCUGGUUUCCUACAAGAUUAAAAUUAACCUCAUGGUGGCCGGAGGAGGCCUGCUGGGUGGCCUCACUGCCAGUGAUGUCACAGUGGAGCUGCCAUUGAUACUCAUGCACCCUAAACCCCAAGAGUAAAGACUGCACAUCAGCUGUCUUGAAAGAAAACUCCCCCAUAGUCAAGAGAGGAUGUUACCCUGGAGGUUGAGAAGAGGAAGUGACUCAAAACAAAGAGGAAAAGGAAUGCGACUGGUGUCAUGAAACCAAAUGACAAUAACGAAGCGACUAAAGAGAAAGAUCUUUUCAACACACCAAGGAUGAACAGGUGUAACAUUAGUCCCCUCACAGAGUUUUGUUGUUCUUGUUUUUCUUGUUUAAUUGAUGUCAUUUAGAUGUAUUUGGAUUGCUAAAUAGUAUCCAACCUUUAGACACCAAAGACUUGUGUAGAGCCACACUUACACACACAAGUACGAGCGGGGGAAGGAUAAUAACUUUGAAGACCAUAAAAACCACUGUGCUUUGGAUUACAGUGAACUCAUCUAUUAUUGUCAAUUAUUUUGUCUUUCUGUGAAAUGUAUCAGAUCAUGUUUUUGAUGUCAAGCCUGAAACCUAAUAUUAAUACAAUAAAGUUAUUGUAAAACCAGAA